UCAGCCGCCCUUGGGGCUGGGCUCCACCAGCCCAGGGGGUCCUUGCAGCUAGUCCAGGAGCCUUGGCCUCCUCUUCCUCCCGCUAGCUAGAUCAGAGUACAGAGAAGACUCAGGUCCUCCCAGCUUCCAAGCGGGUCUCCAUGGGAGUUGGAGCUGCCAAGAGGUCUAAGCAGGAAAUGCCUUCCCCCCAGUAUCCCAGUAACGGGCUCUGGGGAGGGUCCGGACAUUCCCUGACGCAGGGCUCUAGUGGGGGCUGGAGCCUCAGCGCCCAGGGAUGUCCAGAGACCACAUCCCCUCACCAGUAGAGACAGAGCUUCCAGGCUGAAAGCAGGGGAGAUUCCUAGGGGUGGGGUGCUGGCGUGGCUGUAGCAGAAGCGGGAUCCUCACCAACCUCACAGGCUCCCUAUCAACUCAAGGCCCCCUGCCCUGGGCUCACUCCCAGCCUCCCUCUCUUCUGUCCUUGUUUCUUUCCUUUCUUAGUCAAGUUUAUUGAGUUAUGGUUUACAGACAGUAAAAUUCACUUUUGAGUGAACAAAACACUUUUGAGUGUUUUCCAGUUGUGACAAGUCUCACAGAACCACCACCAGUCUGGAUACACAACAUUUCCAUCACUCUCCCAAAUUCCUUCAUGCCCCUUUGUGGUCACCCCAGCCCCUGGCAAGCACUGCAGUGUUCCCUGCCCCCACCUCUUCCAGACUGUCGCGUCCCAGAGAGGGAAGCAGCAGACAGUGCGGAGCCUUACAGGUGCGGCUGCUUUCACCUAGCUCCAUGCGUGCAGGAUUCACGGGGUAGUCAAUAGUCAACCGGUGUCAAUGGGUCUUUCCUUUCAUCACCCGGGAGGGUCCCACUACCUGGAGGUGCCACGGUCUGUGGAUCCACUCACCUGCUGCUGUUUGGAUUGUUUCCCGUUUUGGGUGAUUAUGAGUAAAGCCAGUACAGACACUCACCAGCAGGUCUCUGGAUGAAGAGACGUUUCCAUUUCUCUACUGUAAACCUCAGCAAGAGGGAUUGCUGGGUCCUCUGGGGAGAGUAUGUUUAACUUUGUAAGAAACUGCCAUUGUUUUCCAGCGUGGGCAGCGUUUGCAUUGCCCCUCUUUCCGUCUGGUUGUGGUUGGGCCUCUGGACUCAUGGCGGGUCAGGAUACCUCCUUCUUAGCUGCCCUGCCACUGCUCCCCGGUGAUUACACUAUUCAUCCACCCUCUGCAGGCAGAGCUCAAGGCAGGAGGCAGGAGGAGGCCCAGAUGCUCCCCGCAGCUCAUCAGCAUCACUCUGCCUCUGGACAGGACUUGCCUCAGUGCUCACACCUGUAAAGCAGUGAGAGGCACCGCUCACGGCACCACUCGCACCGCUCACAGCACCACGGGCAAGUUAGCUAGCAUGAGGACGGAACGCAAUUAACCCUUUUGAGUGCUACCUGGGUGCUCAGCCUGCAGCAGGCGCUCAGAGGCAGCACUGGGGAAAGCCCUGGGGCAGCGGUUUCCCAAACUUACAGGCAGGGCACUUUCUUCCAAAAUCUGGGGACCCGUGUCCUGCAGAACACAGCCCAGGAGUGGCUGCAGCCAGAUUCUGGAAGGAAUGGAACUCCCGGCCUGGACCCUCAGCUCCAAUGACCACCCCUCUGUUUUCCGAGGGGUUUGUCUUUAGUGCCACUGAGGAGGGAUCUUUUGUCUUGAGUGUCAUGGAGGUGCUCUAAGGAGGUGUUAGGACUGGAGUGGGACCCACAGUGGGAGCUUUGUAACCUUCCCCAAGCGAGCUCUCAAGGCUACAAAGUAACGAGAGCACACUGCUUUAACUUGUUUUAUUAUUUUUUAGGUAUUUGGUAAGGCCAGCAGAUCAGGAGAUUCCCAAGUGGAGGAGGCAUGACACCCCAUGGUGCGGGAGGCCACAUGGGAAAGCACCAGGGCUGGUCAGGAGGCAGAGAGAGAGGGGGAACUCUGGGCGGGAGCCUCUAUUGUGGUUUCUGAGGGAAGGAACAGUGAGGUGGGGUGAGCAGGCUCAGGGUUGGCUGUUUGGAAUAACUUCAUGCUCUGGGGCACAGGAACCGUCCCUGGUUGUCUGGUACUUACUUGUCCUGGGUGACAGGGCAGGAGGGCAGUGGCCCAAUGAGAGAGCCCCGUAGGGGAGGUGGUCAGGGGAGUGUGGACUCAGGAAUGGUUGGUUUGCAUUUGAAAAGUGUUACUGUCUCUAGGAACUGGCUGACCCUGGGAAGGCCUGUCCCUCCAAGGUCAGCAAGGCCCCAGAUGUCAAAGCAUCAGGAUAGAGAAUAUAAAAGGCAUGAUUAAUACACACAAAGUCCUAUCUAUGUUUUUGUUUUUGUUUUUCUUUUUUUUUUUCUGGCUGCAACAUGCAGCUUGUGGGAUCUCAGUUCCCUUACCAGGGGUUGAACCCAGGCCACGCAAUGAAAGCCCAGAAUCCUAACCACUAGGCAACCAAGGAACUCCCACAAAGUCCUAUCUUUGCAUCUUCACAACACUUGGACUGGCACAAUGCUCGUCUUUUGUUUCCAGAUGAGGAAACUGAGGCACAGAGAGGGGAACUUGGCUGAAGUUGUGCAGUCAAGAGGAGGAGGAUCUGGGAUUCAGGUUUGAAUCCCAACGCGGGUUGAAUCCCAACCAAAGUCAGCUCCCCUCGGUUUGGCAAACUCUCUUGCCCACAACAGGAGUGCAGAUAGGCACAACCAUGUCGGGAACCCUGGCGGUAUCUACUAAAACUAAACAGAAAGGGGACUUCCCUGGUGGUCCAGUGGUUAGGACUCUGCACUUCCACUGCAGGGAGCACGGGUUCGAUCCCUGGUUGGGGAACUAAGAUCCCGCAUGCUGCGUGGUGCGAUGCGGCCAAAAAAAACACAACACUAAACGGAAACGUUCCCUGUCCUGGGUGUCUGUCCAGCAGAAACCAGAGCUCAGGUGCACCAACGACACAGGCAGGAAUGCUCGCAGCAGUUCUCCUUGAAAUAGCCAAAGAUGAAAGCACCCGAAUGGCUAGUAACAGGAGAUGGAUAAACUAACUGUGGCUAUCCACACAGUGGCUUACACACAGCUGUGACAACGAAUUAAACAUUGCUGCACACACGGAUGACUCAUAAUGUUUAACAAAAGAAGCAGAAACAAAAGAGGACACACUAUCACUCCAUUUAUAGCUGACGUUCUACAGCAAAACUGAUUAACCAGAGUCCCACUUGGUUACUUUUGGGGGCUAAGAGGGCGUUACUGGCAGGGGAGGCGAAUGAGGGAGCCUUCUGGGGUGAUGGAAAAGUUCUAAAUCUUGGUCUGGGUAGAGGCUGCAGGGAUAUAUAUAUAAAAUCAUUGAGCCAUACAUGUAAGAUUUGUGCACUUGACCGUAUGAGUUAUACCUCAGUGAAGAGCAGCCACCUGCUCUAACUGCACAUGUGGAUUUCCGGGCUUCUGUUCUCAAGAAGGCCCUGUGCGGCUGGAAUGCUGACGUUUGGGAAGAUAAGGUCUGGCUGCUGGGCCCCAGCACCACCCUCCCACCGUGUCAGUGGGCUGAUUUGCAUGCUCUGUCGUGGUCCAGCAGCCUCCCCAGUGUGCCCUGAAGCACCUGGAGCACGCCCAGCGCAAGCCCAACAAGCGACUCCCACCUGCCUCCCUGCCUCUGGCCAUGGCCUGUCAGCAUCUGGCCCUCCUUCUGACUGGGGUCCUCCUAGCAGCCUCCCAGCCAACCCUCACCCAGCCGGACACACUGCUGGUCUUCCCAGGCCAAGUGGCCCAACUCUCCUGCAUGCUCAGCCCCCGCUAUGCCACGGUCGGGGACUACGGCGUGUCUUGGUAUCAGCAGCGGGCAGGCAGCGCCCCCCGCUUGCUCCUCCACUACCGCUCAGAGGAGGACAACCACCGCCCCCCUGACAUCCCUGACCGCUUCUCGGCAGCCACGGAUGCAGCCCAUAAUGCCUGCAUCCUGACCAUCAGCCCCGUGCAGCCUGAAGACGCUGCGGAUUAUUACUGCUCCGUGGGCUACAUACCCUAGGGGUGGGGUGUGGGAUGAGUGCCUUCUGUCUGCCUCCCACUUAUGCUCCUGACCUUGGGACCCUCCCUUUCUCUGAGCCUUGAUUUUCCUCCUUUGUAAAAUGGGUUAAUAAUCAACAUGUCAACAAUAACUAUUCUGAGGGCCAUGAGAUCCUGGCUGAAAAAGUGACUGUGAGACGCAAGAGGGAAGAGAUAUGGGAACAUAUGUAUAUGUAUAACUGAUUCACUUCGUUAUAAAGCAGAAACUAACACACCAUUGUAAAGCAAUUAUACCCCAAUAAAGAUGUUAAAAAAAAAAAGCUCAAUUAAAAAAAUAAAAAAAAGAAAAAGAAAAA